CGUCAGAGACAACAACAGUGGUAGCAGCAGUGGUGGUGUUGCUGCCUUCCUCUCCAACACCUGCCAACACCUGCCAUGGCAGACCAUAUUAACCAAGACGAGAUUCGAAAGAAAAGGUUGGCACGACUCGGGGCAGGUUCUAGCAGUAGUAGCAAUAAUGGCGACUCAUCCCAAAUACUCGUCCCUCACUCCCCACAGGGUCUUCAGUUAUCAACGUCUCCUCCAGUGUCGUCUCUCCUGCCGUCGCCCUCCAAGAGGCAGCCUCCUCCCUCGCCGUUAGAUGUUACGCCCUGUAAAAAAGGCAUUGAGCCCAUGGAGGUGGAGAGUAAGGUGGAGCUGAGCAGUGACCUGGAGAACAGUUCACACUAUCGUAGCGACAACAAGAGACACAGGAGUGUAAGUACAAGUGAGGUGACCGAGGAGCUGAUGUGGGCCACUUUAUCCAAUCUCCUCCAGUGUUCUUGGCAAGGUGUUGACAACAUCUGCCCUCACACUGUAAAUGUUACAAGUGGAGCAAAAAUGGAUGAAGUAACGUCACAGGUGUUGAUGGAGGUUAUGGUGCUGUUGUGUGCUGGUGAGACGCUCGAGGGUCUGGUCGAUCCCAACAUUAACCUUUCUCAGUCACCGGAGCUUAGUACUUCCCCAACAGGAAGCAGUAGUACAACAGAUUUAUCAGAAUUAACAAGACCCAGCCAAAGUUCAGAAGCUACAGCGCUUCUCUACCUUCUACAAACUUACGCUCAUGUUAAUAAUGAAGAGAAAUUACAUCCUAAAAGAAGCAGCUCUCCUCCCAUGUUGACAUUAUUGGUGGAUGUGCGGCGUCAGUGUGUUGCUCAUGCUAGCUUACUCCUCUCAGGUUGUUUAACAAAAUGUGAGCUUCCGGCGCCAUCGCUACUGCUUCAUCCGCUGCUGAGCGAAUCACUGCCUCGGGGUUUCUUGUGUGAUCUUAUACAACACACUUUAGAACAACAAAAUGUAUUUACCAAGGUAUUUGGUCCACUUCUUCAGGGAUUAAGUUCAGCAAUGAGAAGUUGUAGCGUCACAUCACGGACAUACAUGAGAGUCUUUGAGUCACUGGAUCUGCUCACUGAUAUUAAGGCCCACAAUUCACCAUCCCGCCCAAUUUGUAAUCUAAUGGUAUCAAUGUUUUACUUCUCACAGAGCAACUGGUGUACCAAGAGUGAAUCUCAGACAGUUGGCCGUGAGAUUCUCUUUACCACUAUACUCGGACCUUUCCUGGGACUCUCCCUUUUUGCCGAGGACGACCCCCAUGUGGUGGACAAAUUCGUCAAGCACCAGAGCAAUGGACGAACAGUUCCUGAUGGCUUGCAGGAUCUAGCGAGAGAACUGGAUCACAUGCGCACUACUAUACUCCACAAGCUCUUCCAUAGUAUGCUGGUAAAUACAAUGUCCCGGGAGCCAGUCUUGUCGUUCCUUGCCAAAAUAAUCCAACACAAUGAGCGGCGUGCUCAAAUCCAUGUCGAGGAACGCCUGGUGGCUGGAGACGGACCCAUGAUUAACCUGCUCUCUGUGCUGCAGCAACUGUGUUUUAAGGUAAAACUUGAGAAGGUGGAUCCUUACUACAUGGCUCAUCCCGAUUCCCUGGUUGAUAUUUCAAAAGACUCGCGCCUGACCAUGACCCAAGAUGAGGUGGAGGAGUGGGUGAAGAAGCUGCGUUCAGGAGAGAGUUUUACAUUCCAAGAAGUCAAUUUUCACAGUCAGUGCUGGUUCCUGACUCUACACGCACAUCACUUGGGGGUGCUACCAGUGAUGCGCAAAUAUACACGACGCAUCCGAGCUAUCCGUGACCUCCAGAAAAUGGUUGAGGAGAUUGAGAGUACAGAAUCUCACUGGGGCAGCCUGCCAGUAGCAGCUAGACAGAGGGAGCUCCUCAAGAAGUGGAAAACACAACUUAAGAAACUAAAUAAAUCAAAAGUGUGCGCUGACGCGGGACUCUUGGAUGAGAGCCUGUUGGAGCGCUGCCUACACUUCUACGCUGGAGUGGCACAGAUCAUUCUACGAGCACUAAGUGGAGGACCAACCACCUUGGCUCCUCUAGGAGCAUCACUCGCUGACACUGCUUCGAUACUUCCACUCCCGCCAGACUUGCCUGAGCUCUUUGCUGCAUUUCCCGAAUGGUACUUGGACGACAUGGCAGAAUUUUUACUUUUUACCCUGCAAUAUGUACCCAAAGUGCCCAUCAAACACCUGGAGGAUCCCAUCAUUACCAUGGCCAUUGUCUUGCUGUGCUCCCCAUCACACAUCAAGAACCCCUACCUCACAGCCAAACUGGUUGAGAUGAUGUUCAUGUUGACCCCGUCGGUGCAGCAGCAUGUGGAUAGUUUACACCAUCGGAUUCUUCAUCAUCCGUUAGCGGAGCAUCUUCCAGUUGCCCUUAUGAAAUUCUACACAAUGGUGGAGUCAACGGGAGCGAGCAGCGAGUUCUAUGACAAAUUUACGAUACGAUAUCAUAUUAGUGUGAUAUUCAAGAGUCUUUGGGAAGACAGACGUCACCGACAAGCUCUUAUUACUGAAUCCAACUCAGGAAAAGAAUUUGUAAAGUUUGUUAAUCUUCUUAUGAAUGACACCACCUUCCUGCUGGAUGAGUCUCUGGAUGCCCUCAAGCGUAUUCAUGAGGUGCAAGAGGAAAUGGAGAGAGGAACUUGGGCAACGCAGUCCCGGGAGCAGCAGCAGAGUCGACAGAGAUUGCUAGCCACUGAUGAGAGACAGUGCAGGUCAUACCUAACUUUAGCAAGAGAAACUGUCGACAUGAUGCAUUACUUAACAAAAGAAGUUCCCGCCCCGUUCUUGAGGCCAGAGCUGUGUGACAGGCUAGCAGCCAUGCUCAACUUUAACCUUGCCCAGCUCUGUGGCCAGAAAUGUGGUAACUUGAAGGUGAGACAAGCGGACAAGUAUGGCUGGGAGCCGCGCAAACUCCUAGAGCAGCUGGUCGACAUUUACUUGCACCUCGACUCCACCAGAUUUUAUGAGUCUAUAGCUAAUGAUGAGAGAUCAUUCAAGAGAGAAUUAUUUGAAACAGCAGCAUCCAAACUUGAGCGAGCCGUCAUCAAGUGCAGCUCCGAAGUUGCAAAAUUCAGAAGUAUAGGGCAAAAGGCAUAUGAUGUGCAACAAGCCAAUCAGAAGAAGGAUGAGGAUUACAGUGAUGCACCUGAUCACUUUAUGGAUCCUUUAAUGCAAACUUUAAUGGAAGAUCCUGUGGAACUGCCUUCAGGAGUGGUGAUGGACAGACCCACCAUUGUGAGGCAUCUACUGAACGAUCCCACUGAUCCCUUCACUCGCCAGCCUCUCACUGAAGAACAACUCCUUCCAGCUGAGGCACUGAAGAAAGAGAUAAAUGAUUGGAUUGCAGCUAAGAGUAACCCCAAUAGUGCAUCUUGAGGGCAGGAUGGCAAUAGCUGGACUUUUUGUUCGUGUUGUGGUGUUCAGGUCAGCUGACCAUUCAUCACCCUAGCAAAUGGGUGUGAGUGUACUGUCUGAAUGGAAGACUGUUGUGUGGAUGUCAGGUGCAUAUUACUGUAAGCUGAAGAAUGGCUGCUCUUGCCUCUGUAGGGCUAAGUAGAUUGUAAAUGUAUGGGUGUGUCUGCCUUCCACCGUUUUAAAUAAUGUGCAAUUUUCAUAUGGCUUGAAAUGAGGAGGAAAGAUGCAGUAGGUUGAUAUUGAAAUGUAAUGUCACUCCUUGAAUAUCAUGGUACUACUGAUUAUGUAAAUAAAUUAUAUUAGCAUUUUAAACACAAUUAUUGGUUCUUACUCAAAUUUUUUCCAGUAAAUUAAACAUAAUUUUAAAGCUUUUGUCACUAAGUUCAAAAAUGUAUUUUAUAAAUUUGCAUUAGCUUAAAUGUAUUUUAUGAAACAGUGGCAGCAUAUUGUGUGAAGUGAUGAAAGGUAAUCAAGACUGUGUGGAAUAUGUAGGGAUGGAGAAAAGCUCCUAUGUAGCUUUAUCAUCAGGUGUAGCCAUUGCUGUUCCUCAUCUCAGUUAAGCUCAUCAUAAAAUCAGUCUUGCAUUAUGUACAUUUUCCACUUUAGUUAUUUAAAGAGUAUGUUUUGUUACUGUCUCAGUAUAUUAGUAUAUGCUCUGGUGGUGCAGCUUGACCAUUGACUUCUCUCAUCUCCAUGAAAAUUUGGUUAGGCCAGUUUGUAGGCCUAGUACAUGUGGUCUGUGGGGCGGGCUGCCAGACCUUGAUAUAAUUAUGUCCUUACACUGGAAAUAUGCAAAUUUGUUGCUGCCUGGUCUGAGACCAGGUCAUAGGGAUACGUUCCCCAGAAUCAUUGAUACAUAACUAACACGUACAGGUAUUCAUCUGGAUGUGAACAAUUUUUAAUUUAUCUUAAUUUUCUUUCUGAUGGACUAUGAACUAUGACUUGAUACCAUAUUUUCUGGCAUAUAAAGCCCUCCUUUUUUCCCACAAAGAAGUCUUGGAAAAUCAGCCUGCACCUUAUAUGCUCAAGGUCAGAGUCAAGGGUAGGCUUUGGGCUAUGCUUUAGCAUAAAGUAAGAGGGCAAUUAACCCUUGAAUAUCAGCACUGAUUUACCGUUAUGAUACUUCUGUCGUGUGCCUUAUGUGCCAGAAAAUACGGUAAUCAGUUGGCAAAGGCUGUUGAGAGUUUCAGCAAGUUAGCUGUUGGGCUCCAUAGUGAGUUUGAGAACAGUAGUUAAAAGCAGUGUGUUUAUCUCUUCAUUAAAUAAUUCAUUGCUCACCUAGUUGAGUUAACUCACUUGUGGAUUCAAGUGUGUGGUAAGGGAGGACAAAGAGGUCAGUGGCACUAAAAAAUAAAUAAAAAAGACACAAAAAUCUUUGUGUUUGUACAGUAAAUAUUUUAUUUGGUCAAUAAAGUUUGAUCUUUCUUACUUGGAAAAAGUAGCCAUUUGUAAAAUAGUGACUUUCACUAUCAUUUUUACAUUUUUUCACUCGUGGGGAAAGCUUCCGGGUCAAGUACUUGACCAGUUUGGGGCUUAGCUCAACUUAGGGACAGGUGCAGCUGGAGAGUUCUAGGUGGUGCCUAGGUAGAAACAAAGAGCCUUAGGCCUCAGGUGGCUCCUAGUUGGUACUCAGGUGGCACUAGUUUUUAACCAAGUCUUGGCAUGCUGGCAUUGUGAGGUAAAAGGUGGUAAUCAAGGUGCUAAGUGGAGCUUUGAGUGGGAACUCUUCGUUGAACUUGGCCCAUUGUGUACUCAAUGUAGACACUUCAGAAAGACAUGACAGAUACACGAAUGACUCACAAAAUCGUACUAACACGAUUGCAAAUAAAUCACUGAACGAGUGAGGCUCGAACCCAUAGCGAGUCCUGAAAUUCACAGGCCAGUGCGUUAGCCACUGGCCAUGGAUUCAAAUACCCACUCAUUCUAUGAUUUGGUAUAUGAAUGAAUUGUAGUGUUUCAUAAUAUAUAUGACUGAAUCAUAAGGUUAUGUUUUUUAUUUUUCUCUUUCAAAUUAAAAAGUCACAUCCUGCAUGGGAACACAGUAUAUGUAAUAAAAGGUAUACCAAGAGUGGGUUUACAUUUUUUAGACAAGCUGGUAUACAUAAUGGAUUGUCUAUUGGCCAGAAAGUAGGUAAAAGACACGUAUGCACAGAUCAAACCAUUAAGGAAAUCUUUUGUCACAAAUGUUUUCAUGCAAAGUCAUUUGUGAUGACAUGUUUU